GUGUUAUAAAAAAUUAAUUAGUGAGUUGGAUAUUCCGGCGUCAAAAAAUCGUUAAUGAAUUUGAAAAUUUUGAAUUAAUUGAUUUUUUAGAUCUUGAAUUUUGAUGAACUUCUUUUCGUUUUCAGCAAUUCAUGUAUAAAUGAAUCGAGGAAAAACCUAUGAAUAUACAGGUUACAGAAAAGGACCUUAUGAAAGUCCAUAUGGGACCUCACCACCCAUCAAUGCACGGUGUUCUUCGUCUUAUCAUUACUCUAGAUGGUGAAGAUGUUGUUGAUUGUGAACCAAUAUUAGGUUAUUUACACAGAGGGAUGAAAAAAAUUACAGAAAACCAAACAAUUAUACAAUAUCUACCUUAUGUAACACGUUGGGAUUACUUAGCUACUAUGUUCACGGAGGCAAUAACUGUAAAUGGACCAGAACAGUUGGGAAAUAUUCAAGAGUCUUUAUGAGCCUAUGACUUACAAAGGACGGGGCGGAGGAGACCAUAAUUUACUUCAUUGACUAAUCAAAUUCCUAAUUUGCC